AUGUCGGAUGACCAGAACAUAGUAUUACUACGCAGCGAUCUACAUAAUUUCUUUGACAUGCAGCACAUUUCCAUGGUCCCGAAACAGGUCGAUAUCGAUACAACUCGCCCUCCCCAGCUACUCGUCCAUAUUCUGAACCCAGGAACCUCGGCGCAAAUUGUCCCACUGUACCACAACCGCUGUUUGCUUGGUCUCUUUUUACAGACGAGCGCAUCCCGCUUGUAUCAUGGCCGGGCAUGUUCAAUAUUCUGCUAUGGAACAAAAUCACAAAUCUGGUCGAAACGCGGGUUUGUACCAGUAGACUUCUCUUCGUUCUCCCAAGUAUUCGACUCUUCAAUAAGGUCUCAAAGCCGGAGUGUCAGCCCCAAAAAGAGACAGAACACGGAUGCUUUCGGAUGGUAUAGUGAUUGUACUUCCUCGGAUGGGGAAGACAGGUUGGGUGACGAUGGCUAUUUCGGCGACCCAUCUUUGGAGCAGGACACGCCGAGAGGUCGGCCACUGUUCCGGACGUCCGUGCGUGAAAGCAUGCCAAAAAAAGCGCCGCCUCAAUGA